AUUUUGUCAUUCAUCUGCGAGAGCGCGCGGAGAAUCACCAACAGCAGAGAGGCGCUAUGCAAAGGGAAUGGCAGCGGGGCUCAGAGUCGAUUCAUAUGGACAUUCAAUAUCUCAGUUAGCAGACAUGGUGAGACACAGCCAAAUUGCAGACCUGCAGGUGUUCCAGUGUUCCUUUCAGAGCGACUCCUUAUCGUCAGGCUCAGUAGGUGAUCCGCAGGCCAACACACCCUCCUCACAGGAUUCCCACUGCUACCCCCAGGCCUCCACAGCCAUGGAGGUGAGUAAGCCGGUGGCCAUCGCAGAACACCCCAUGAGGAGGAAGAAGAAGAGGAGGACCAGGGCCACAGAUGGCUUCGCGGGAUCUUUUACUGAUCUUUAUAAGCUGACAGAUGAGCUGCUGGGACAGGGAGCCUAUGCAAAGGUCCAGGGCUGUAUUAGUCUGAGGAAUGGAAACGAGUACGCAGUGAAGAUCAUUGAGAAGAAGGCCGGCCACAGUCGCAGCCGAGUCUUCAGGGAAGUGGAGACGCUGUACCAGUGCCAGGGAAACAAGAACAUUUUGGAACUAAAUCAGUUCUUCGAGGACGAUAAUUGCUUCUACCUGGUCUUUGAGAAGUUGAAAGGAGGUUCUAUUCUGACCCACAUCCAAAACCGUAAGCACUUUGAUGAACUGGAGGCCAGUCGAGUGGUCAGAGAUAUAGCUCAGGCUCUUGACUUUCUUCACACCAAAGGCAUCGCUCACCGUGACUUAAAGCCAGAGAACAUUCUGUGUGAAUAUCCUGAUCAGGUGUCACCCGUCAAGAUCUGUGACUUUGAUCUGGGCAGCGGCGUCAAGCUCAGCAGCGCCUGCACCCCCAUCACCACCCCGGAACUCACCACGCCUUGUGGCUCUGCAGAGUACAUGGCUCCUGAGGUGGUGGAGGUCUUCACGGACGAGGCCUCCUUCUACGACAAGCGCUGCGACCUCUGGAGCCUGGGGGUCAUCCUCUACAUCCUGCUCAGCGGCAGCCCGCCCUUCACCGGCCACUGUGGGACGGACUGCGGCUGGGACCGCGGGGAGACCUGUCGCGCCUGCCAGAACAACCUGUUUGAGAGCAUCCAGGAGGGGAAGUAUGAGUUUCCAGACAGGGACUGGGCCCACAUCUCCGAGGAGGCCAAAGACCUCAUCUCCAAACUGCUGGUGCGAGAGGCCACCAUGCGCCUCAGCGCAGCGCAGGUCCUACAGCACCCCUGGGUGCAGGGGAACGCUCCAGAGAGAGGACUCCCAACCCCGAGAAUUCUCCAAAGGAAGAACAGCAGCGCCAAAGACCUGACGCAGUUUGCCGCAGAUGCCAUCGCCUUCAACCGCCAGCUGUCUCAGCACGAGGAAGAGGAGGAUGAAGACUGUGCGGACAUGGCCACGGUGGUGUGCUCCAUGAAGCUCUCGCCGCCCUCCAACUCCAGGCUGGCCCGCCGCAGAGCCCAGUCCAACGCCCUCCGCGCCCAAGGCUUCCUGCCCUCGCCCUCAGCCUGAUGCCUCAGCCCCAGCCCCAGCCCCAGCAGCCCCCGUCUUAAAGCCCAUCCCCAUGCUAUCUUCCAAUGCAACAAGAACCACAAACCUGAGCCUGAAGCCCACCUGCUCUGUCCCCUUCCCCAGUAUCAUCCUUCACCCCCAUCCUCAUCCUCAGCAGCCUGUCCUAAUGCCCACCCCCAUGGAAAUAUCAUCCUAUCCUCCACAACAACCACAAGCCUGAGCCCUGAAGCCCACCCGCUCUGGUGCCAUCCCCCAGUUUCAUCCUCCACCCCCAGCCUCAAACUCAGCACCUCAGACUCAUCUUCAGUCCCAUUCCCAGUUUAAUGUCCAUCUCCAGCUUCAGCCUCAGUACCCCAGAUCCAUUGCCAUCCCCAUCCACAGCACCGAACUCCUCUUUGGCUUCUGAUUGAUGUCCAUCCUCAUCCCCAUCCCCAGUCCUAGCCUCACCACUCCUAUCUCCAGCUGCAUUCGUUUCCUUUUAUAUCUGCCAAAUGACCCCCUCAGACGCCCUCUGCCUCAAUUCCCUGCAUGCCCUCUCUGAUGCUGAGCUCAGGUGGCAAUCAAAGACUUUUCUUUGUUUUGUUAUGUACCAGACAGACUAAAGCAACAGGUGCUCGAUUUUAAAGACCGCAGGACCUCAUAUCUCCACCAUCACUCAUCUCAGGUUCUGAAAUUGUCUUUCCCUGCUACGUAAGCAAAAUUUUAAAAAAUACCCAUUGAGGGUUAUUUUACAAGCAUUGUCAUUAGUUACUGAAAGGAAUUAUUUACUGAAACGAUCUGCAGUAAUGCGUACUGUAAGGCCAAUUCCAUGUAUUAGGACCUGAUAUCGGUCUGUGUAUAAGCUACAUACUGUUGAAGCAGCGCUCUAAUUCUUCAUACGGUCAGUAUUUAUCAGGCUAUUCAUUUACAAAAUUGAAGCUUUUUUGCCAAUUUUAUUAGAAUUCUAAGGAAAGAAGGUCAUUGUAAUUGCACAGUUUUAACAUGGAGCUUUUUUUUGUAUUUUGUUACUUGCGUAUGUAGGUAGUUGUUUUAAGUUGUCUUUGUGUUACUGAAAACCAUCUGUAGCACCCCAUGUUUCUGGUCCAUAUCCUUUUGUCAUAGUCAUAUCACCUAAACCUUACGCUAGGGACACACGCAGGCGAAACCAGCGAAGCGAAGAGAGGCGAAAUUCAGUGUUCCAUUCUGACAGCUCAACAGGAUGUCGUGGUGAAUCAAAUUGAAUGAAACAUUUAUCUUGUUGAUGUGAUUGGCCGACGCUGGCGAAAUCAUUUGCAUAAUAUUAAACUUGGUCGAAUAUUUUCGCUUGCCUUCGCCUCCCUCAUAGGAAUGAAUGGUGAAGUUAGCUUUGCUCUGCCAAAUUCGUGUGUAUGUGUCCCUGGCGUUAGUGGGAUGAGAACCAGCUAUCUUGGCAACUUGAAGAUUGUUGUUGCAGAACUAACAUAAUAACCAAUCUGCUUUACUAGCUGAAAAACAAGCAAAUCAAAAAUCAUUACCUCAGAAUGAAAUUGCACAAAUUGUUUUUGCACACGCCUUUUGAUAUUCAGCUCACCAUAGAAAGGCAGGCCUUCUGUUUUUCUGAAUGGGUUAUAUUUGUGAAGAAGGACUUGACCACAUUAUUUUGAAACAGAAUAGAUGCUAUACACUUGAUCCUAUGACUGCCACUUUUGAUGGAAUGUUGGGUUUUUAUUAGAUGAUGGUAUAUGUUUUAUAUGUUUCGUAUGUUUUUAGUUUUUUUUUAGUUAUGGAUGUGAUAUGAGCCUUGUGUAAAGCUGUUAAACGGUUUUACUUUCCCUUUUUUCUGUUUUGUCCCUUUGAGUCAUCACCUAGUUAAGUAUUCCCUGUGUCUGUAUGUCUACUGCAUUAGUCAUAUCUGUGACAUGAGUUUUAAAAAUUAUUAUUUAAGUGCAGGUUGCACAAAUCCAACAUGUGCCAAAGUUAGGAUGAUGACUACAUAAAGUGUAGGCCUACAUCAUUUUACUCUUCUUUUUCUCUGACUUCUUGUGUUAGCCCCCCUGCAUCUUACAUCACCCAGGAGUUACUUGCACUUGUGAAGCGGCAGGGGCAGUCAAAGCUGUUUGAACAAGAACAGUUUGCCUCUUGCAUAUAUUCAGUGUUUUGACAGGCUGACGUUAUUAACAGGAACCCCUACGCUAAACACGGAUGUCCGCUCUCCCCUCAACCCACCCUAAUCAGACAAGUCUUAUUAUGUUGCCUCAGUCAGUUAUUAUGCCCUCUGCUUCACAAUGUGAACAACAUCAUCCUCCGGUGUCACUCAAAUGCAUAUGGCUUACUAGGAGCAGUUUUUCUAGAUGGUGCUAGAAUGAUUAGGUCAAGUGAUAUUUAUUGAACCUGUUCAUUUUUAUAUAUUUUUUGUUUGUUUGUUUGUUUCCUGGUCCAGUCUUAUGCCUCCGGCAAGCUAUGUUGUUUUGAAUGGGAGUUAAAAGUGAGGUCAUCCUUGUUUGAAAGUGUGGCAAACCACUUACAAAUGCUUCGUCCUUACGGAAAGAUGCUGGCAUGAGAACUUGUAUUGCACUUCAAAAAGGAAUGACAAUAAAUCACAUAUUUUGGGA